CGCAAUUUCAGAUUUCAUCUUUCAUCAAAUCAAGGACAACUGCAAAAGAAAAGCAAACUUGCCAGCAAAUUGCCUUUCUCACGCUUUUCAUUUGCUCGACCGACUUUUCCUCAUCAGUGAUAUUAACACUUUUUUGUCCGCGAUGGCCAAUAAAUUCGACGCUCUCAAAACCUCCGACGAUUCAGGCGAGGAAGAAAAUGUGCCUAAAAAAUCUGAGGUAGCCCACAAAGAAGAACGCUUGCCUGACAUCGAAAUUCCUCCUGGAGAACACAGACUGCAGUGCGCCUACGCUUUCUGGUUCAGCCGAAGAACCCCUGGCAAGCAGCAGGCAGUUCACAACUACGACCAGAACCUCAAGCUGGUCGGUCGAUUUGCAACUGUCGAGCAGUUCUGGAAUCUAUACAGUCACCUUUUAAGACCUUCAGAGUUGCAAGGACACUCUGACUAUCACGUGUUUAAGGACGGCAUCAAACCAAUGUGGGAGGAUGAAGCAAAUCAAAGAGGCGGGAAGUGGAUUGUGAGACUAAGAAAAGGGGUUGUGUCGAGAUGUUGGGAAAACUUGUUGCUGGCGAUGCUUGGCGAGCAGUUCAUGGUCGGACAGGAAAUCUGCGGGGUUGUUGUGUCUGUGAGAUUUCAGGAAGACUUCAUUUCGGUUUGGAACAGAACUUCAUCGGAUCAGUCAACGACAGCACGCAUUAGAGACACGCUAAAAAGAGUGCUCAACUUUCCUCCAAACACAAUUCUUGAAUACAAAACACACAAUGAAAGUCUCAAAACCUGGAAAGGAGGCCCCCCUCCAAGACCUGCAUAACUGAGUGAGAGAAAGACCCAAUGUACCAGAUCUAUUUAGUUGAGAAGCCUCAAUGUGACGUCCUAACCCUGUGGCGAACAAUUAACUUAUCAGUUGUUUGGCGAUUGGCCUGAAAGUUUAAUCGAGUCCAAUAGAUUCAUUUUUUUUUUAAU